GAGGAUAUAGAAAGGAGGGUAAAAAAGGCAGAGGAUAUUUUAGAGAGAGAAAGAGCGUUCGAAGAGAGAGAAACUGAAAGAAGAUCUGAAAUCGAAGAACAAGGUAACGAGCUCAAAAUUCUGGAAAAUUUUCUUUCUCUGUGUGUAUAGAUUGUUAGAUGUACUUGUGUGGGUGUGUUUCUGGUUCAGAUUAGAAUUGGGUUAGAGUAGAUCGAAGGGAUUUUCUGGGUUCUUGUAAAGUGAGAAAUUUCGGGGUGAAGAUUGUGGAAACCCUAAUUUGAGUUGACUUCAGGGGGUGAAUUUUGUGGGGGGAGGAUAGGGUUUUUGUUGAGAGAGUUAAAUCCUUGCUUUGAUUGAUUUCAGGAGUGGAAAAUUAGGGUUUUGGGUGAGUUAGCAAAACCCUAGUUUUUGUGUGGGAUAAUUGAUGUGUGUAUGGCUUCAGAGACAGUAGUUGGCGAGGGAAAUGAUGGAGUCAGAGAGAAGCAGAGGUACAUGGAGAGUAAGGUGUACACAAGGAAGGCAUUCAAGGGUCCCAAGAAUAACAGCAGUAUAAGCAAAAAUGGCAGCAGUAUCAACAAAAAUGGCAGCAGUAUCAACAACGAUAGCAACAACAAUAUUGUGGGUAAUCCAGUAGACAAUGCUUCUGUCUCUGUGACGGCAGUACCAGCAGAUGAGGAGAAUGAAAAGAAUAAUGUAAAUGAUCCAGUUCAGGCAACUCUUCAAGCUUUGCCUUCAGAAGAUGCUAAUUCUACACAACAACAGCUUCUUUCUCAUGUAUAUAUUGCUGCCUCCAAUGACUUUUCAAGCCUUAAUAGACAGCAGAGUGUUGCAGGGAAUGGCGUGGUGAAGCCCAGUGUAGAGAACCGAGUAAAGAUGAAUUUGGGGUCAACUCCGAAGCAGGAAAUUCUUGAGCUGAGAAGGAAGCUGGAGAGAGAGCUUGAUAUGGUUAGAAGACUGGUUAAGAGGAUUGAGGAGAAAGAGGGACAGGUUAGUGGGGCCAGUAAUUCACGCCUCUUACUGAAUGAUGGUGUUGAUACUGGAUUGAGGAGGGUUCAAUCUGAGGUUGCUUCAAUUGGGCCUCCUCGAGAGCCUCUUCGGCAGCCCAGGCCUUUGAACCAACUUAAUAUUUCAGUUCUGGAGAAUGGUCAGGGCUUGAUUGAAAAUGUGGAGAAGGAGAAGAGGACGCCCAAAGCCAAUCAGUUCUAUAGAAAUUCAGAAUUUUUGCUCGCCAAAGAUAAAUUUCCACCAGCUGAUAGUAACAAGAAGUCAAAAGUGAAUGGAAAGAAGCAAGGAGCAGGUGAUUUGACACAUGGGUUUGGUAUGGGUAGCAAGAUCUUUAAGAGUUGUAGUGCUUUGCUUGAAAGGUUGAUGAAGCACAAGCAUGGUUGGGUGUUCAAUGCUCCUGUUGAUGUACAGGGUCUGGGUUUGCAUGAUUACUAUAGCAUUAUUAAGCAGCCAAUGGAUUUGGGUACAAUUAAGUCAAGGCUCAACAAGAACUGGUAUAAAUCACCAAGAGAGUUUGCAGAGGAUGUGAGACUUACAUUUUGCAAUGCUAUGACGUAUAAUCCAAAGGGCCAAGAUGUUCAUAUAAUGGCUGAGCAGUUGUCAAAGAUAUUUGAGGAAAAAUGGGUGAAUAUAGAGGCAGAUUAUAACCGUGAAAGGUUUAAUGCUGAAAAUGAGAUAGGUCUUCCUCUGUUCACACCAAGAAGGGCACCCUCAAUGCUUCCAGCUCCUCUUGAUAUGAGAAGGAUCUUGGAUAGAUCAGAGUCAAUGACUCAUCCUGUUGAUUUUAGAACCAAAUCCUUCUCUAGUACUCCCUCAGGUAGAACCCCUACUCCCAAGAAGCCAAAGGCAAAGGAUCCUCAUAAGAGGGACAUGACUUAUGAGGAGAAGCAGAAGCUUAGCGAUAACCUUCAGAAUUUGCCGUCAGAGAAGCUGGAUAACAUAGUGCAGAUUAUUAAGAAAAGGAAUUCAGCUCUCUUCCAACAUGAUGAUGAAAUUGAGGUGGACAUUGACCGUGUUGAUACUGAGACUCUAUGGGAGCUUGAUAGGUUUGUUACUAAUUACAAAAAGAGUUUGAGCAAAAACAAGAGAAAAGCAGAGCUUGCUAUUCAAGCCAGAGGCGCUGAGCAAGUUGUACCAGAAAAGACCCCGGCCCCUGUUGUGGUGGUAGGAGUGCCCAAAGAGAAUAAAACAGAUGAAAGGAAUAUAUCUGCUUCAAUACCUGUUAAUGUGGAUGAACAAGGGGAUAAUGCAAGUAGGUCAAGUAGCUCAAGCAGCUCUAGCAGUGAUUCAGGAUCUUCUUCUAGCGACUCUGAUAGUGAAAGUUCCUCUGCAUCUGGAUCUGAUGUUGGGCAUUAACCAAGGUCUUGAUCAUAUCCAUUCAGAUAUGAGGAGUUUAGGGUAGGUGGUGAUCCAUUGCGAUCCUGAAUCUUCAGGGAUUAUCUUAAUGAUUUUAGAGUAGCAUUUGGUCUAUACUGAAGUUCUUGUUGCUGUCAAGACUCCUAACUGCAGAAAUUGGAAAAUGGAGUCUGGUUGUUGCUGUUAUUAACAGAGCGAACCAGUUGAACUCUGCUGUGGCCCCUUUUCUUUUUUUUUUUUUUGUAUUGUUAGAAAUUUGUAUAAUAUUGGUAUAAAUGUGGUGAUGAUUAGUUAGGCUAGGGUUUGGUUCAUGUAGCACGUGUACAUGGCUAACUAACGCUACUCGGUUAGCUUCAGUGACUUCAUUUUGUUCUUGUGCUGGCAGAUUUAGGAUUCUUUUCUGUGAUAUACCAAAAAAAGAAAAAAAAAAGGAAAAAAAAAUAUAUAUAUAGUCUUGUAAUUCAAGCUCUGAAGUCAUAUUCUCCAACACAUGAAAGUUAUCUUUCCUUUGGCAGUGCAUGUGUCCGUUCCGUAAUGUUGGUUAUUUAUAGACAUAAACUUCUGGUUGUGGUUGUCCCAUAAUCUUGUACAUAUUGUUUCAUUCCUCCACCGAGGGAUACAUGGGCUGACUGGAGGGUCGAUAUCCUAUAGAUUUUAGAAGGGACGUACGUACUGUGUAUGUAUAACUAAAGGUUGUAUGUCAAUUUAAUUUUAGAGUUUGUCUAAUUUGUGUUUAAGAAGAACAGCCUGCUCCAGCCUGUCCAAACAUAUAGUACUGUGUACGGUGCAGAUUUUGUAU